GCAGCCUCUGGCACCGUGCAGAGGGCCGGCAUCUCUUGGCGGUGUGUGGCAGUGGGAUCUGGGCCCCAGCAUUUUGGCAGGCCAAGACUCAGAGGCACAAGUGGGAUUAAUGUGUCAUUGUAUCCUUGGUCACCAUGAAGCCCCGAAAUGCGGUGGAAACUCUCCUGCGAGCCCUGGGGAGAAGGGAAAGUGCCCGAAUUCCAAGUAGCCGCCGGCCUGGGAAGGUGUCGGAGCCUCACAGCUUCAAAGAGAAGGUUUUUAAGAAGAAGAAAAAGGCAUGUAUCGUGUGCAAGGAAUCCAUAGAAGCCCAAGGACUUGUCUGCAGAGUGUGCAAAAUGGCAAGCCAUAAAAAAUGCGAAGCCAAGGUGCCCUCUUCCUGCCAGCCCCCCCCUCCGGGUGAACUGAGACGGAAUACAACCCCGGUCCGGCGCAUCGAACAUUUGGGCUCCACCAAAUCCCUCAACACUGCAAAGCAACGGAACACAUUACCCAGAAGCUUCAGUCUGGACCACGUAAUGGAGCGCAAGUAUGAUUUUGACCUCAUCUACAUCACUGAACGUAUCAUCUCUGUCUCUUUCCCCCCUGCUUUGGAGGAACAACGUUACCGUAGCAAUCUCCGAGAGGUGGCGCAAAUGCUAAAAUCCAAGCAUGAGGACAAGUAUCUGCUCCUCAAUUUGUCAGAGAAACGGCAUGACAUCAUCCGGUUGAACCCCAAGGUCCAAGAUUUUGGCUGGCCAGACCUGCAUGCUCCACCUCUCGACAAAAUUUGUUCCAUCUGCAAAACCAUGGAAACCUGGCUAAAUUCAGACCCUCAACACGUGGCUGUCCUUCACUGCAAGGGCAACAAGGGCAAGACGGGUGUGAUCGUAGCCUCUUACAUGUACUACAGCAAAAUCUCUGCAAGUGCAGACCAGGCCCUCAGCACACUGACCAUGCGCAAGUUCUGUGAAGACAAAGUAGCUGCUUCCCUCCAGCCAUCCCAGAAGAGGUAUAUUCAUUAUUUCAGUGGGCUUCUCUCAGGCACAAUCAAGAUGAACAGCAAUACACUUUUUCUGCACCAUGUCCUGCUCCCAGCCAUUCCUACUUUUGAGGCUGGAGGAGGUUAUCAACCUUUCCUAAAGAUCUACCAGUCCAUGCAACUGGUCUACACCUCUGGGAUCUAUAGCCUCCAUGGUGCCAGUGGAACUCAGAAGCUCUGCAUCACCCUGGAGCCAGCCUUGCUCUUGAAGGGAGACGUCAUGGUGAAAUGCUACCAUAAGCAGCUCCAGGGAACAGAGCGGGAUGUCGUGUUCCGGGUCCAGUUUCACACUUGCACCAUCCACAGCACCCAACUCUGGUUCAGCAAAGAUGAGCUGGAUGAAGCCUGGAGGGGUGAGCAGAGAGGCUGAUUGUUGGAACAGAGAAGCAAACAGCCAUGCGUGUUAAUAUGGGGCAAAAAGGCUACAUGUGUGUAGUCGGAAGUAUCAGAAGGAGCCCGAUAGCACUUUUUCCAA